ACGGAACGUAAUUCCUGCCGCACGCGGUCGUUUCCAGGAAGUCGACGUGGAGGUGUGUGUUUUGGUUGUGUUUUGGUCUUCUUUCCUUUACAAUGUCCGAAAACAAGGUGGAAAUGUCGGCCGAGAUUGUCCAGAACGCAAAUGUACAACCGCAACAAAACAACCCGCUGUCCAGGAAGCUGAAUAAGAUCCUGGAGACACGGCUGGACAAUGACAAGGAGAUGCUGGAGGCGUUGAAAGCGCUGUCUGUCUUUUUCACGGAGAACAGUUUACGCACAAGGAGAAACCUCAGGGGGGACAUCGAAAGGCGAAGCCUGUCCAUCAACGAAGAGUUUGCAAGGAUAUUUAAAGAUGUCAAAGAGGAGCUGGAGAGUGUUAAUGAGGACGUCCACGCGAUGAGCACCUGUUGUGAAGAGAUGACCAGCAGGCUCAAGGCAGCUAAAGAGCAGACCCAGGACCUGAUAGUAAAGACAAACAAACUCCAGGGGGAAAACCAUCGUCUGGAGGUGAGGGCACAGGUGGCCCAGGCCUUCCUGACCAAGUUCCAGCUGAGCGGGCAGGAGAUGGCUGCCCUGCGUGGGGCCAGGGACAGCCCCAUCACAGAGGAGUUCUUCCGAGCUCUGACCCGUGUGAAGCAGAUCCAUGAGGACGUCAAGGUUCUCUUGAGGACCAAUCAGCAAACUGCAGGGCUGGAGAUCAUGGAGCAGAUGGCGGUGCUACAGGAGACGUCCUACGAGCAGCUCUACCGCUGGGCACAGAAUGAGUGCAGAGGGCUGACUCAGGAGAGCUGUGACAUCAGUCCUGUACUAAGCCAGGCCAUGGAGGCUCUACAAGACAGACCUGUGCUCUACAAGUACACCCUCGAUGAGUUUGGGACAGCCCGCAGGGCUGCGGUGGUACGGGGGUUCAUCGAUGCCCUCACGCGGGGAGGUCCGGGGGGCACUCCGCGCCCCAUCGAGAUGCACUCCCACGACCCCAUGAGGUAUGUGGGAGACAUGCUUGCCUGGCUGCACCAGGCCACCGCCUCUGAGAAGGAGCAUCUGGACGCCCUCCUGAAGCAGGUCACUGUGCGAGGCGUGGAGGAGAACAUGCAGGAGGUGGUGGGGCACAUCACCGAAGGGGUCUGCCGCCCGCUAAAGGUGAGGAUCGAGCAGGUGAUUGUAGCGGAGCCUGGAGCUGUCCUGCUCUACAAAGUCUCCAACCUCCUUAAGUUCUACCACCACACCAUCAGUGCCAUUAUAGGAACCUCGGUGGCCACUCUGCUCAUCACCAUCGAAGACAUGAACGUCCUCAGUAAGAAGAUGUUCUUCAACAGCUUGAGUCUCCACGCCAGCAGACUCAUGGACAAGGUGGAGCUCCCCCCUCCCGACCUGGGCCCCACCUCCUCCCUCACCCAGACACUGGCCCUGCUGCGGGAGGUGCUGGCCUCCCACGACUCCUCCGUGGUGCCGCUGGACGCACGGCAGGCAGACUUCGCUCAGGUGCUGUCCUGUAUCCUGGACCCCCUGCUCCAGCUGUGCACAGUGUCCGCCAGUAACCUGGGCACGGCAGACAUGGCCACCUACAUGGUGAACUCCCUGUACGUCAUGAAGACCACGCUGGCCCUCUUUGAGUUCACAGACAAGAGGCUGGAGAUGCUGGAGUUCCAGAUCGAGGCUCAUCUGGACACCCUGAUCAACGAGCAGGCGUCCUUUGUGCUGAUCAGAGCCGGACUCAGCUACAUCUAUAGCUGUGUCCAGCAGCACAGCACACAGCAGGGUCCCCUCUCCACUCUCCCCGGCAUGGACACUUCCUCGCUGAAGGCAGCCAUGCAGCCCGUCCCCCCUAUACGCGAUGAUACAGAUGUGGUGUUGCGCUCCUCUCCGUGCCGACAGGUCCAGUUCGACCGCUACCUAUCUUCACCUGACGCCCUGGUAAUGCCGCAGCUCAACUUCCUGCUCAGCGCCGCCAUCAAGGACCAGAUCUUUCGCCAGUCCACUGAGCUGGUGUGUCGGGCCUACGGGGAGGUCCACUCGGCCGUCAGCAGCCCCACCAACACCUACCAGGACCUGGAGAACCUGGUGCCUCGGUCCCCGCAGCAGGUCCAGACGCUGCUCUCCUGAGAACCACCUCCACCUCCACCCAGCAGGUCCAGACCCUGCUCUCCUGAGAACCACCUCCACCUCCUCUUCUCCACCUCCACCUCCACCCUGCAGGUCCAGACCCUGCUCUCCUUAGAACCCUCUCCGCCAUCUCCUUCUCCUCAGCCUCCUCCAACACUUCCUCCUCGUCCUCCUCCUCCUCCUCCUCCUCCUCCUCCUCCUCCUCCUCCUUCUCCUUCUCCUUCCCCCAACAGAUUGUCCUGGAACCCCUCUUCUCCACCUCCUCCUCCACAACCACAUUCCCCCCUCACAUCCUCCACCUAAUGCUAUAACUCCCCCUUCAUCCCCUCCGUCACCACUACCUCCUCCUCCCCCUCUUCUUCCUCCACUACCACCUGUAGACCUGCUCCAAUACACACACCUGGACUGACACCCUCAACUGCCACAUCUGUGUAUGUUUUUUACCAUAUUAAAGUGGGUACAGCUGUAUAUAAUACAAAAUAUCAGAGUCAUUGAUAUAUAGACUUCUGAUCGAGGCUCUGGGAUCUAUAUGGGAAGAAAACUCGUGCUGUGGAGUUGAAAUCCUACCGUGUUUUUGCUCCUCCUAUCCACUAUUGGCACUCAGGUGCAGCUCAUUAGCAAAUCCGAUAGGUUGACAUGAAAACCUGCAAUGGAAUUUUGAUAAUGUGGAUCUGGAAUUUCUAGGAUUAUGUUGUAUUUAUUGGUUGAUGGUUUCCGUUCUGCCGAGUCCGAGAACAACUGUCUAAGAACUGUCAGAGGUGUGUGUUUUUCCUUUGGUAUCAUACGUCAUUUUUGUCUUUAACUACACCAUGGGCCUCUAUCUUACUUCUUCUCUCUUCAUUAUGCUACUACACAUGAAAUAGGAAAAGCCUUUCCAAUCAUAAAAAUACAAUAAAAAUAAAACAUUUGCUUACCAUCA